AUGUUAUUGGCAAGUGAUAACAACUUGUUUUCGGCGGCAGAAGCUAGUGGUUUCGAGAUGGAAAAUGUUGUUAAUGAAGCUUGGCCAAACAACUUAGCAAUCAAUGAUGAUGAAAAGCGUUUUAUGCACAAGGUUCCUAGGUUUCAUAGAAAGGUAAAUGACGAAGCCUAUACUCCUCAAUUAAUUUCAAUAGGCCCCUAUCACUGUCUCAAAGAAGAGUUGCAAGACAUGAGAAUGCUAAAAAGAAGAUAUAGGGAUGCAUUUUUCGGACGAAUUAUCCCGGAUAAACAGGGGGAACUCAAGAAUUUUAUCCUGGAGAACGAACCUCGAAUCCGCCAUCAUUAUGUAGAGCUGCCUAACGAUUUUAAAAGCAACGAUGAUUUUAACUCGAUUAUUCUACAUGAUGCUGUUUUCAUCAUCGAGCUCUUCUUGAGAUUUUAUUCAGGAUAUAAAGAUGAUAUUUUGCUAACUGAGGUGUGGCUUGCAGCUCUAAGACGAGACUUACAGUUACUCGAAAAUCAGCUCCCGUAUUUUGUGCUUGAUGAGUUAUAUAAAUUGGCCCGCACCUACGCCAGUAGGCCCACUACGGAAAAUGAAGUCUCUCCCUUUGAAAUGCCCUUCAGUGAUCUUUCUGGCCUUUUCUUUCAACUCCAUCACUCGCCCAACAGAUCACUUCAUAUGCAAAGUGUUGGAGUCAAAAUUAAACAUUUCACUGAUUUGUGUAGAUAUGCUCUAGUGGAAAUUCCGCAGAAUGGUAGGUGUAAAGUCCGAUUGAGGUCCCUCGGUGCUUUACCAAACGUAGUCAAAUUGAAAAAUUCUGGAGUGAAAUUUCAGCGUAGGUGGGGUAAAUAUUUGGUUGACAUUCGCUUGGAAAGCACCGAACGACUAAAGCCAUUUCCUAAUAAAGUUAAGCUGCAAAUUCCACGCAUUAAAAUAGCUGACAACAUAGAAUGUUUGAUUCGAAACGUAAUGGCCUUAGAGGUGUGUCAGUAUCCAUCCGAAACUUAUAUAUGCAGUUAUAUUCACCUAAUGGAUUCACUUAUCAAUAACGAGCAGGACGUGGAUUUGCUUGUUGAAAAGGGAAUUAUUUACGAUCCUUCAGGUGACUAUUCUACAACGUCGACCAUGUUUGAUAAACUAUGCAAGCAAAUUCCUCAACGUCAUUCCCAUGACUACGACAUUUAUAAGACUCUGACUGAUCACUACCAGAGUCGUUGGAACCAUGCCAUGGAGACCCUGGGUAGUGUGUAUUUUAGCAAUCCUUGGAGAGGCACGGCAACUGUUGCUGCAAUUAUACUCCUGCUGCUCACUUUGGCACAAACUGUAGCAUCUAUCCUGCAAGUAGUCUAG